AUGGAGACAGCAGUGAGAGUGGAGUCCAGGGUCCUGGUUGGGGUGGCCUGUCUUCUCCUGACAUGCCCUGCCACAGCCACUGGGCCCGAAGUUGCUCAGUCUGAAGUACAUACCACCCUGGGUCGUGUGUGAGGCUGGCAGGUGGGCGUGAAGGGCACAGACCACCUUGUGAAUGUCUUCCUGGGCAUUCCAUUUGCCCAGCCACCACUGGGGCCUGACUAGUUCUCAGCCCUAUGCCCAGCAUAGCCCUGGGAGGGUGUGCGGGACGCCAGCAGUGCGCCCCCUAUGUGCCUACAAGACGUGGAGAGCAUGAACAACAGCAGAUUUGUCCUCAGCGGAAAACAGCAGAUCUUCUCUCUUUCAGAGGACUGCCUGGUCCUCAACAUCUAUAGCCCAGCUGAGGCCACCGCAGGGGCCAGUAGGCUGGUCAUGGUAUGGGUCCAUGGAGGCUCUCUGAUAACUGGCGCUGCCACCUCCUAUGAUGAAUCAGCCGUGGCUGCCUAUGGGGAUGUGGUCGUGGUUACAGUCCAGUACCGCCUUGGGGUCCUUGGCUUCUUCAGCACUGGAGAUGAGCAUGCACCUGGCAACCAGGGCUUCCUAGAUGUGGUAGCUGCUCUGCGCUGGGUGCAAGGAAACAUCACUGCUUUCGGGGGUGACCUCAACUGCACCGUGUUUGGUGGAUCUGCUGGUGGAAGCAUUGUCUCUGGCCUGGUCCUGUCCCCAAUGGCUGCAGGGCUGUUCCACAGAGCCAUCACACAGAGUGGGGUCAUCACCAGCCAAGGGAUCAUCGAGUCUCACCCCUGGCCCGUAGCUCAGGCAGCAUGGUGGAGGGGGUCUCCAUUCCCAGCCACCUGCUGCCUGAGAGCUCUCCAUUCAGGCUACAGAUCCCCACCCUACAUCCUCAUUGUAAGGCCUUGUGAAGAGAAUCCAGGGGAAGCCACAGUGGAAACUACAUCUGCAAAGGCUGCAGGUGUGGGAGAGAGUGACAGGUCCUGCUGCAGCAAGCUCUCAGCUGAUGGGCAGGGCAGGCUUCUCAGGAGUGGUGACACCAUUGAUGGCACUGUCUUCCCCCAAAGCCCCAAGGAACACCUGAAGGAGUAGACCUUCCAUUCCGUGCCCUUCCUCAUGGAUGUCAACAAUCAUGAGUUCAGCUGGCUCAUCCCCAUGGGCUGGGGUCUCUUGGAUACAAUGGAGCAGAUGAGCCGGGAGGACAUGCUGGCCAUCUCGACACCCUUCUUGACCAGUCUGCCCCAGAACCUUCCUAUUCACACAAUCUCAUCACCGCCCUCUGGAGCUGAGGGGAGCUUUGGGCCUUGGAUGCUCAGGUCGGCCCCUCUGGGGGACAGCACAGGAAGCCUUGGUCCUUACUCAUUCCUCCCACCCAGGGACCCCAAUAGCAACAAUCUGCCUCCUUGGCCCCGAUUCAACCAGGCGGAACAAUAUCUGGAGAUCAACCCGGUGCCACAGGCCAGACAGAAGUUCAGGGAGGCCCGGAUGCAGUUCUGGUCAGAGACGCUCCCUAGCAAGAUACAACAGUGGUACCAGAAGCAGAAGAACAGGAAGGCCCAGGAGGACCUCUGA